UUUGCUUUCUUUUCCGUAGUUUUCCUAUAUUUUCAUCAUUUUACUCCUUUAAUAUUUGAUUAUUUAAAUCUUAUUUGCAUCUCUAUUCGAAGCUCAUAUCACUGUUCAAGCAGUCACGGAUCGCAUCAACAAAAAAUAAUCUGGAAAAUCCGUAACAAACAAACCUCGAGUUUCUUGAAGAUUUCUUCAGCUUCCCUUUGGAGAGAGUCAUGGACAAGAAGUUUCACGGCGAGCGUGACAUCUGGUCAACGGCGGAGGAGACUCCUGAAACGGUAACGUUUCGUCGAGGUGCGUCGUCUCAGCCACAGCCACCGCAGAUGCAGCAGCUUCAACAACCGGAGAGUUCUCACCAAAGAGCUAAUGGUUUCUUGAACGAUCUGAAAACCCUAGAAUCCUCUUUUUGUGGCCUCUCUUUCUCUGAUUCAACUCUUCGUCAGAACGGUCAUCAUCCUGAUCGGUUCAAUCCGGUGAUCAACGGUGGCUCUAGUGGCGGUCUUGGUGGCGGUCCUGGUCUUGGUGGCAGUGCUGGUCUUGGUGGUCUUGGUGGCAGUGGUGGUCAUGGUGGUGGUGGCUACAUGUUUCCUCAGAGUGCUUCAUAUCACCAACGUGAGUUAGAAGGGUUUAACCAGAUGCAACAGAGAGAUGGUGCGUAUAGGUAUGGGUAUGAUGGUACCAUGUAUGGAUCUUCUUCAUCUUUUGCUUCAAGAAACCGUUACCCUUGGGAUGGAAUGAACAGUCCUUUGAUGGGUUAUGGUGGAUACAAUCAUGAUCAAGCGAUGGCUAUGAUGAAUGGGAGAGAGAUAACGAUACUAUCAAUGGCUAAAGAUCAAGUAAUGUCAGAACAUGUGCUUAAGAUGAUCUCUCAGAGUACUAAAGAGACGAUUGAUGUGAUAUUCAAUGCUCUCAUUGGUCAGAUUUGUGACUUGAUGGUGGAUCCUUUUGCUAGUGAUGUUGUUAAGAAGCUUUUGGGGAAAUGUAGCUUUGAGCAGAUCGCUAUGAUUGUUGAUAUGGUUACUCAGGAGCAGUCUCAGUUUGUUAACAUAUGCUUUGAUUCACUUGGAAGCGCGGCGAUAGAGUUGCUGUUGUUGAACAUUCACCGUCGUGGUGGAGAUGAACAAGUCUCUCGUAUGGUGGCAACUAUAAGCUCUGUAGCUCUUCGAUUGGCAAAGACCAGCCAUGCUAAAGAUAUUAUUCUGGCUUGCUUUAGCCUCUUUACUUACAAUCAGUGUAGGCUUCUUGUUGAAGUUGUGGCUAGACAUUGUUACCAGAUAGGGAUUGAUCAACAUGGCUGCUAUAUGCUUCAGCUAUGUGUUUAUGAUCAAAGUAGGAAAGUCAAUUAUGAGGUACAACAACGAAUGAUUUGCGAGAUAAUCACUCAUUCGGUGAAACUCUGCUUGAACUGCUACGGAAACUACGUGGUGCAGUUUAUCUUGGAGCUGGACAAUCUUCAUGUGACACGAGCGCUCGUGCUACAGUUGGUAGGGAGCUACGCACACCUCUCACGCAACAAGUAUGGGAGUCAUGCUGUGCAGAAGUUGCUGAGGCUAAGGUGUGUCGAAACUAGGUUGAUCAUAAAUGACUUGUUAGCAGAGAUGGAUUCACUUCUUCUUGACCCGUAUGGGAACUAUGUCAUUCAAACCGCAUGGUUUGUCUCUGAGGUUGAUGUGCGUCAAGUAUUGAUGUGGCAUAUAGAGCGUAACAUUAGGUUGAUGAGGUGUAACAAGUUUGGGAACAAGAUUCUGGAGAAGCUCCAUCUCUAGAGAGUAGAGAGAUCAGAGAGAGCAAUGGUAGAAAAAGAGAAACAAUGUGUUUGGGUGUUGUUUUAGUUUGAGCUUUUGGUGUUUGUUUUUAGUUUGAUCUGAUUUGAUUGAUUCAGAUUUGUGUUUGUUGCUGCUGCUGGUGGACUAGUAUUUGAUUUAGCCGUUGUGUUAUGUUUCUAGGAUGAGUCUUGUGGGUUUUUUUCUUUUUCUUUUUCUUUUAGAGACUUUUUUUUGUUAUAUCAUAGGUUUAUUGUUAGAGACAACAUCACCAAGAACACAUCAUGUUUUGUCUUUGUGAGACUCAUGUGUGUUUUGUGUGUGUGUGUUGUGUUCUUAGCUUUACUCUAUGUAAAAGUCUUGAACUAUUCUAAAUUUAGAGUCAUGAUGUUUGUUUGUCUUUA